AGGGAGAGGAGGGAGGGAGAAGGGGGGAGAGGAGGAAGAGUGGGAGGAGCAGCUGCGCACCCUCCAUCUUCUCGUCUGCUCCACGCACACACCAGACACAGCCCUUCAUAUAACCCACGAUUACUGAAUGUUGAGGCAACCAUGGUGGGAACGCGCGUUUACGUCGGAGGUCUGAGCUACCGUGUGGGGGAGAGAGACCUGGAUCGAUUCUUCCGCUCCUACGGCCGCCUCAGGGACAUCGUUAUCAAGAAUGGAUUUGGCUUUGUGGAGUUUGAUGAUGACAGAGACGCAGACGACGCUGUGUACGAGAUGAAUGGGAAGGAACUGCUGGGAGGAAGGGUAACAGUGGAGAAAGCCCGCGCUGCGCCUCGCCUCCGCUGGCCCCGCGCCCCGCCCCCGAGAGGCUUCCAUUCCAGCCGGUUUGGCAUGGCGGCGCGCACUGACUACCGCCUGACAGUGGAGAACCUGUCGAGCCGUGUAUCCUGGCAGGACCUCAAGGACUUCAUGCGGCAGGCUGGGGAGGUCACCUAUGCCGACGCCCACAAGUACAGGAGGAAUGAAGGUGUGGUUGAGUUUGCCACCUAUGCGGACAUGAAGAACGCACUGCACCGCCUGGAUGGCAAGGACCUGCAUGGCCGCCGCAUCCGCCUGGUGGACGAGUCAAAGUCACGCAGCUCCCGAAGGUCACGGCGAUCUAGGUCAAGGUCAUCUUCCCGCUCCAGGUCGCGCUCCAGGUCACGCUCCAGAUCCAGCAGGUCCCGCUCUCACUCGCGCUCCCGCAGCCGCUCUCGUUCAAGGAGCGGCGGUCACAGCAAGAAGCGGAGGUCCAAGUCAAAGUCCCGCUCCAAGUCCGGGUCCCGCUCCAGGUCCCGGUCCGGCUCUGAUAGGUCCAAGUCUAGAUCCAGGUCAAGGUCUCGUUCCAGGUCGAGGUCCCGCAGUGCAUCCCCAGAGAAGAGAAAAUCCCGCAGCCGUUCCAAGUCAGCCGAGGCAGAGUCCGAGUCUGAGGAGGAGAAGUAGGAAGGCUGCUCUCGUCCUCCACCCUGUUCUCUUAGUACAAUUGAGUGUUUGCCCCUCCGAGGGGCAGGGCAAGUGUGCAGCCAUGGACCGGGCUAAAUACUAUAUUUUUCUCGUUAUAUUUACCACUAAUGUAGCGUUGGGUUGCCUCUCGGCGCCACAGACCGGCGGAGGCGGCUCAGCCAGUCCUGGGCAGCGGGAGGCAGCCGUGGGUGGGUGUCCUGAGGCGUGCUGCUGUGUUGUGCCCGGCACAGUCCAGGGGUGACGUGCGGCCGUCUCCACCGGGCACGGGCAGGGCACGGGCAUGGCACUCCUGGGGGGGAGGGGGGUGAGGGCAGCAAGUUAAGUUUUGGUGUCUCAGAUGGUGGUCGGUGAGGCCAUCGGGUUGAGGCAUCGGCGGACGUCACCUUUGGCCGAGAGCAGCGCAGUCUGCUUCCCGUCAAUCAUUUCGGUGUGUUUUGUAAGAUGAUAGUGUCUAGAGUCUUGGUUUGCUCCAGCCCGUCACUCUGUGGGUCACAUCCUCGGGGCGGUGGUGUCCCCGCUGGAGCUGAGCCUCCGUGUAAGUGUUAGAUUUUGAUGUACAUUGUUGCUGUCUUUACUUUGUUUGCACAGAAUAAUUCAAUUCUGUAGAACAUUUGGUAUUUCCAUAACAGUUGUGUGUUGAGGGACUCCACUUUUGUAUCCUAGACUUGGCAUGAAAUUUUUGCUUCACGGGAGGGAGAACAGUGAUGCAGUGGCUGCCUGGCGGGGCAUUGUUACUGCUGCAGGUGUGCAUGUGUGUGUGUGUGCGUGUGCGUGCAUGUCUGUGUGUGUGUGUAACUCUAGGGACAACCACAGGGAAGGUGUAGCUUUGAUAUAAUAUUUUGAAUAUCUACAUAAUAGCAAUUACUGCUGGUUACUACAUAGAAGGCAGCACGACCAGUCUUGUUCUCCAUGGUUUUGUAAAUAUUGUACGUAACAGAUCAACAUAGAGCUUAAAUAACGAGUCACACAGACUUGUCUGUAUAGCAUUUAUCACAACACUUAAUAGUAUGUUUGCAGUCUGCUACUACCCAAGGCAACACUCAGGCCUCAGGAUGGCUGCCUGGCCCCUUGCACCUCCACCCUGAGAGGUGACCAGCACACCAGCCUGGCAGUGCCCUCCUGUGGGUGGAGUGCAGGGUGAAGGCGGGUGGUGAGUCCUGGGUUUGGUGGUGCCCUGAACAUUCUGUGUGUACAGCCUGAACCCUGACUGUUCUGUUCACUCUGCUGCACCACACUGGCUCACAGCAGGCAAUUCUGCAUGCAGCGGCUGGCAGCAGCACAGCACUUGUUGGUGGUUGUGUGUGUGUGCUGGAAGAGGCUGUUGCUCACACAAUGGUUUCUCUCAGAGGCAGCCAGACUAGUUCACCACAGCCAUCACCGGUGACGGCUUGUCACUGGGAGUGUUACAAGUCAGAGCAACAAUCUCAUCCAAAAGUGACAGAAUACACACACACACACACACACACAUACACACAUGUCUGUUUACUUACCAGGCCAGCAAUCCCACCCAUACAAAGCAUUAUGCAUUCAUACACACACAAUUCACAAUCAUAGCUCAUACUGUAAUUAUACUCUUUACUAAAAACAGAUAAUUUAAUAUUAAAUGCAGUGCAAUAAUUUAAUGUACAUACCAAGCCAAUAAUUCAGUAUUUAGUUAUUUUCGAACGAAGAAAGGUUUUGCAUUUAUUGUUCACCAGUUAGGCAGGUCCAUUUUGCUGUGUUUGAACUUUGUGGUGGUGUUGCCAGCCAUGAGUGUGUAGCCAGACAGCCUGUGAGGUGCGGCCAGGUGCGGUGUGGCCUGUUGUACAUGUCUGUAGCUUGUACCGAGCCUUCUCUACUUGUAAGGACGCUUCCGCUGAUCAAAAUCACUACACAGACAAAUUUUAAGAUUUUUAAAAGCAAUGAAUGUUGCUUGUGUAGGGUAUGUAUAAAUAUAAAGUUUUGGUUUCAAUACACUUCACCUUCAAACAA